AUGGUUUCAAUAAAAAAUUCAAAAAAGUAUCUCUCGGAUCAAAAUAUUGAAUCACAACUAGUAUUUAUAAAAUCAAAUUUUGGAUUUUUACCAGAUUUAAUAACAAGACUUGAAAAUCAAGAAAUUCCACUGAUAGAUUCAAUUUCUAUUGUCGAAGAAGCCAAAGAAAAAUUAAUUAAAAUUAAUGGAGUAAUGGGGAAUAUAAUAAAAAUUAAGAUUGAGUCUGUUUUAUCAAAAAAUAAAGGCUAUCAAGCAGUUUUCAAAAUAUCAGAAAUAUUAAAUGGAAAAAAAGAAGACACAUAUGGUUUACCCGAAGAUUCGAAUUUAAAUGAUCUCACAUAUUUUAAAAACUGUCCAAUAACAUCAGUUGACGUAGAACGUUCAUUUUCGAUGUACAAAAAUUUACUUACUUUCAAUCGACGUUCAUUCAAGUUCGAAAAUAUCAAAAAAUCUUUAAUUAUUCAAUGCAAUUUCCAAGAGCCGUUAAAAGAAAACCUUGAAGAAAACUUUUAG